UUAGGGUUUUGGAUUUUAGGGCCCCCUCUCUCGCUCCCCUGUCUCUCUCUAGACUCAAUCCGGUUCAGAAAUGAAGGAGCUGCUCGGGAGACCUGGGUCCGUGAGCGGGUUGCUGCUGAGGGUAUCGCAAUUUUCAUGUGCUGGUAUCGCCAUCGCCGUCAUGGUCACCACCGACGGCUUCGCUGAAUUCACUUGUUUCUGCUAUUUGGUUGCGUCGAUGGCACUUCAAGUGCUAUGGAGCUUGGGGCUUGCUUGUCUUGAUAUUUAUGCUUUGAGCAAAAAGAGAGACCUUCAAAAUAAAUUACUAGUGAGGCUAUUUGUUGUUGGUGAUUGGUUAACAGCUACUUUAUCACUGGCUGCUGCAAGCUCUUCAUCAGGGAUUGCAAUUCUGUUUGUAAGAGACUUUCAUUUGUGCACGGGUAGAUGGGGUUUACCAUGCGGUAGCUACAAGCUUGCAGUUUCCUUCACUUUUGUCACCUGGAUCCUUACUUCCAUAUCCUCUCACGUGAUGUUUUGGAUCCUAUCGGCAUUAGUUUAGAGGGUUGUAUUUUUCAGUUCUACCUAUGAUACAUUUACGCUACAGCAUUCAUUUAUUUACUUGUAAAUGGAAAAGUCUGCAACUUGCCUCAUUUUUUUUUUUUUCUGAGGCAAUUCAGCACCCUCGUAUUUUAUUUCAAUGUGUAAUUUUUAUGUUGCACCCUCAACCGUAGCAUAUCUUAAUCCACUUAAUGUACAGAGAUGUAUUGAAGCAGUUCUACAGAUUCAAUAUGA